AUGAAUCCAUUAAAGAUUUUUAUUAUUAUUUCGAUUAUUUCUUUGGCUUUUUUCUUGAAAAUUGAUGAAAUUAAUGCUGAUUCUUUGAGCGGAAAUUUUAAAGGUCCAUGUCUCAGCGAUACUAAUUGCAGAAAUGUUUGUAAAGGUGAAGGUAAAAGGUCAGGACACUGUAAUACAACCUUCUUUGGAAAAUGCUGGUGUGAGAAUUAA